AUGGCUGCCGAGAAGCCCUCCAAGCAAGCUGGGGAGAUUCUCUCCAAGGAGGUAAACGGACGGCGUUUUACUUUUCGCUUCCGCGAUAGCGAUGGCUCUUUGCGUCUAACGGAUGAGCGUUGGCUCGACGAAGACGGAAACUCCAUUGAGUGGUGGGAAAAGAAGUCUCUUCUACGGGAUUGGAUCUAUGGUCGCAUGUCUCCCGAAGAAUUCGAUACUCACUUUCCUUACUACUCGGGUAGUCCUAAAGAAUGGUAUAGGAUCGAAAAAGAAACACAUGCGAUGCCGCAGCAAGAAAAAGAACCUUCUGAGCCUAAGGAAAGUGAUGAGACCUGCACUCAGCGUUAUGCAGAGCGCUACGGCGAUGGCAGUGGUCUCCCACUUCGACCGGGCAUGGGACCCCCUAUGACCGACGAGGAGUUCCAGGAGUCGGAGAAAGAGAUGUCGCUUAUACGUGAUCGUGUUCCUGGCCACAUGUCCGCCGAAGAAUUCGAUGCCCGCUUUCCUACUUACACUGGCCCGAAAUAUGAGUUUAGUCGUGAGAAAGAGGACGCAUCUGACGUCCGAUCUUCACAUUCCGAUGAAUCCUAUGACGAGUGGGGCCCAGAAGCAUAUUUUCAGGUGAUGGAUAGCACGGACAUUAUGCUGCGCCACGAAUACUAUGCUUGCCUCUACGAGGAUGAUGGUGACAUUCCGCGUCAACCGAGCAUCGGACCCUCCAAAGCUGAGGGAGGUCUCGAGGAAGAGCCGAUGAAGGAGGAUGACAAAGAAAAGCCCCGCUACGCCCAGCACUAUGGAGAUGGCAGUGGCCUCCCGCUUCGACCUGGGAUGGGACCACCUAUGACUAAGGAAGAGCAGGAGGAGUCAUGGAAGGAGUGGCAGGCUGAGUCUAAACGUCUCUGGAACAUGACCGAUGAGGAGUUUUACGCGCAGUAUCCAGAAUACAAGGCGACAAAGGAUCACCGCUUCGCUGAAGGAGAAGCCGAAGAGUGGUCCGGACUUCCCCUCCGACCUGGUAUGGGACCUCCUCCGAAUGUGGAAGAGGACGAAGAGUCGUUGAAGAAAUUGCGGGCUGAAUAUGAUGAGAUCAUGAACAUGUCGGAGGAGGAGUUCAACGCCGAGUUUCCGGAAUACAAAGCUCUGAAGGAUGAAGAGUUGCUGGAAGGCAACGAUGACGAACAGCCCCGCUAUGCCCACCGCUUCGGUGAUGGCAGUGGUCUUCCCCUCCGACCUGGUAUGGGGCCCCCCAAGACCAAGGAGGAGUUCGAGGAAGAGUAUAAGAAGAUCGAGGCUGAAGAGGAUAAGAUUUUCAAUAUGUCUGAGGAGGAGUUCAAUGCCAAGUUUCCGGAGUACAAGGACAUGCCGAAAUACUCCUGUACCGACCAUGAAUCGUGGAGAAUCAUGGAGGAGUGUGACAAAGCUGAAGGCCGGAAUCAUUUUGAAGGAAAGGAGUGA